CCACUAGCCAGUACACACAGGGGGGCUGGAGUCAUGGAAUGUACUGAGGAGGUGAGAACAGGAGCAGAGACUGGAUGUUUGUGGACAAAGCCUGUUGUUUCACGGUCACAUACACUCUGGGAUUCUUGUUUUCAAAACAGAAGAGCACAACUUUCCACAGCUUGAAAGCGUGCUGCUUGUGAAGUCUGUGAUGCUGAAGUCAGUGACAGUGCAGUGUCCCUAGCCGGUGCUUACAAUGCAGUGCCAGGCAGGCUGGGUGGUAUUAGAAGGCAUCUGUAGAUUCCUGGGGGUAUGCACAUCCGCAGUGCUUAUCGGUGUUGGUUUUGAAACUCUGCAAAGGGGACAGUUUCCAAGUCUGGCCUAUUAUUUAUUGUUUUCAUCCGCAGCAGUGUCAUUCUGUGAAGGGGCUUUCUUCAUACACAUGUUUCUUGCACACUGUAUAAGGUGGCAGUCAGAACCUCGCCUGUACGUAUGCUUAAGGAAAACAGCACGAAUGGGGGGAUUUCAGAAAUUCCUAGGGUAUGGCAUACUGUCAAUAGCCUGCUUCCUUCACCCAGUACUGGUCUGGCAUGUCACAAUUCCAGGAACCAUGUUAAUUGUCACCGGUCUUGCCUAUCUUUUCUUGAGUAAACGGAAGAAGACUAAGAGCAAGGAAUGCGUUUUGCAGGCUGAACAUUACACAGACCCCUCUACAACAGCCAUUGCCAUGACAAGAGCUGGAGACACAGAACAAACUUACACAUUCAAUGGCUCCCUGCGGGAGAAGAGAGAGUCUCUACUAACCCAAAUGAGGAGCAUACUCAAAGUAAAGAAGGAUCGUCAACCACCUAAGACAACAGACCAAGUUCACAUAGAUACUUCUAUAGACUCUUCUGCUAAAAAGAAACAAGUUCACUUUGAGGAAAAGGUUAUCAAAAUUAUCCCCCUGGAGGAAGGCAUUCUUGAAGAACAGGACAAUGAGCACGAAGUGACAAUUUCUGACACUAUUCCUAUCUUACCAAGCGAGCUCAAACAGGUUCCCAACAACACCUUACCCAUGACUUCUGGCAUUUUUUAGGGAUUUGGGUUAUUAAAUAGUAACACUCUCUUGUCAAUAUUAUUUUCCUGAGAACUGUAAAACUAACCCAAGCCCUUGCAGACUGUUUUUGCCAGAAUUAUUUUUUUGGGUGAAAUACGAAGGAUAUCCUUGACCAAAGAAGUACUUGCUCUUUAUAUUAUGCUACAUGAUGAUUAUACAAUGAAUCCCAUAGUAGUUUAUGCUGUAGAGUGAAGCAAAGGUGUUUAUCAUGAGAUCGAAGAUAAACUGUUGUAAUUUA